UUCUAGCCUUGCUUUGAAAAAGCCAUUUUGUGUAACUCUUGACUGUGAAUGAACUGCUAACACAACUGUUGGGAUCACCCCUGGAAAAGCAUGUCACUCCAGAGGUCCUUUGCUUGACCCAGUACCCGGCAUUAAAAAAAGACGUGUUUUUCUUUCUUGUUGUCCCCUCCAUCAUUAUGAGCAUUGGCUUUUCACCCUUGAAGUAAAAAUGUUGAAAGCCGAGUCUUCAGGUGAACGAACCACCCUCAGAAGUGCUUCUCCUCACAGAAAUGCAUACAGAACAGAGUUCCAAGCACUGAAGAGUACGUUUGACAAACCCAAGUCGGAUGGGGAGCAGAAGACAAGAGAGGGUGAGGGCUCCCAGCAGAGCAGGGGUAGGAAAUAUGGCUCCAAUGUCAACAGGAUUAAAAAUCUAUUUAUGCAGAUGGGUAUGGAACCCAACGAGAAUGCUGCUGUUGUUGCCAAAACCAGGGGCAAAGGUAGACCUACAUCCCCUCAGAGAAGAAUGAAGCCCAAAGAAUUUGUGGAGAAAACAGAUGGCUCAGUGGUUAAGUUGGAGUCCUCUGUUUCCGAACGAAUUAGUAGAUUUGACACAAUGCAUGAUGGCCCUUCAUACGCUAAGUUCACAGAGACUCGGAAAAUGUUUGAGAGAAGUGUGCACGAAUCAGGGCACAAUAAUCGCUACUCCCCAAAGAAAGAGAAAGCCGGAGGGACUGAAGCACUGGAUGAGUGGGGGACUUCCAAGUCCAACCGAGGCAGCAGCGAUUCCUUGGACAGCCUGAGCCCCCGCACUGAAGCCGUGUCCCCAACAGUGAGCCAGCUGAGUGCGGUGUUCGAGAGCACCGAGUCUCCAAGUGCCGUGGUUUCUGAGAAGGCUGAGAGCAGUGAGUACUCUGUGACUGGACAUUACCCUCCGACUCUGCCGUCUGUUACCGUUACCAAUCUUGACACCUUCGGCCACCUCAAGGAUUCUAAUUCAAGAUCUUCAAGCAAGCAAGGUGUUGAGACAGAGGAUCCUCAGAAGACCCCUGCAACUGCAGAAGGGGCUCUGAAAGCCGCCUCUCUAGCUUCUUUGCCUAGUGAGGAAAUAGAGCUGAGCAAGGGAGCCGAGGACGUCACAUCUCCCCAGGAGACUCUGGACAGCACUGACACAGAUAUUCCUGACGAACCCUGUGCUGAAAACCAGGCGAUGCCAAAGUCUGAUCACCUCCCAGCACAGAACGAAGCCUCAGAAGAUGCUGAAGCUGAUGUGGUUGGGAGUGAGACAGCACAGCAACAGAAGAAAGAUCUGGCAGGAGGUGAUGUAACCUCGCCUGAUGCUUCUGCAUCCAGCUGUGGAAAAGAAGUGCUUGAAGACUCAAAUAAUUAUGAGAGUUCCCAUGUAUACAUGCAUAGUGACUAUAACGUGUACAGGGUGAGAUCCAGGUAUAACUCGGACUGGGGGGAGACAGGCACUGAGCAGGAUGAGGAGGACGACAGUGAUGAUAACAAUUACUACCAGCCCGAUAUGGAGUACUCGGAGAUCGUUGGGUUGCCGGAAGAGGAAGAAAUCCCAGCAAAUAGGAAAAUUAAGUUUAGUUGUGCUCCGAUUAAGGUGUUCAACACAUACUCCAAUGAAGACUAUGACAGGAGAAAUGAUGAAGUUGACCCUGUGGCCGCUUCUGCUGAGUAUGAGCUUGAGAAACGAGUGGAAAAGCUGGAACUUUUCCCUGUAGAACUGGAAAAAGAUGAGGAUGGACUUGGCAUAAGCAUUAUUGGAAUGGGCGUUGGUGCUGAUGCCGGACUGGAGAAGCUGGGGAUAUUUGUCAAGACAGUGACAGAUGGCGGUGCUGCUCAGCGGGAUGGCAGGAUCCAAGUCAAUGACCAGAUUGUGGAAGUGGAUGGGAUCAGCCUGGUGGGGGUCACACAGAAUUUUGCAGCAACUGUUCUGCGAAAUACCAAGGGCAAUGUCAGGUUUGUGAUUGGGCGAGAAAAACCAGGACAAGUGAGUGAGGUUGCCCAGUUGAUAAGCCAGACCCUGGAGCAGGAGCGACGCCAGAGGGAACUGCUAGAGCGCCACUAUGCGCAGUAUGAUGCGGAUGAUGACGAGAGCACUGUGGCUGAAUUGCAAGGAAUGUCUGGCAACUGCAAUAACAAUAACAACCGUUUCCUUAAGACUGGAGAAUAUGCUACUGAUGAAGAAGAGGAGGAGGUCGGCCCCACUCUUCCUGGCAGUGACAUGGCCAUUGAAGUCUUUGAGCUCCCUGAGAAUGAGGACAUGUUUUCCCCAUCAGACCUGGACACGAACAAGCUCAGUCACAAGUUCAAAGAGUUGCAAAUCAAACAUGCAGUUACAGAAGCAGAGAUUCAAAAAUUGAAGACCAAGCUGCAAGCAGCAGAAAAUGAGAAAGUACGGUGGGAACUAGAAAAGAGCCAACUUCAACAGAAUAUCGAAGAGAAUAAGGAGAGAAUGCUGAAGCUGGAGACCUACUGGAUCGAGGCCCAGACGCUGUGCCACACUGUGAAUGAGCAUCUCAAAGAGACUCAAAGCCAAUAUCAGGCCUUGGAAAAGAAAUACAACAAAGCAAAGAAGUUGAUCAAGGAUUUUCAACAAAAAGAGCUCGACUUCAUCAAGAGACAGGAAGUAGAAAGAAAGAAGCUGGAAGAGGUGGAAAAGGCUCACCUGGUGGAAGUGCAAGGCCUGCAAGUCCGGAUUAGAGAUCUGGAGGCUGAAGUGUUCAGGCUGCUGAAGCAGAGUGGGACUCAGGUGAACAACAACAACAACAUCUUUGAGAGGAGAACGUCUCCGGGUGAGGGCUCCAAAGCAGACACUAUGGAGAACAUGGAAGUCAGGCAAAUGUCUUGUCAGGAUGGCUUGAGCCAAGACUUGAAUGAAGCAGUCCCAGAGACAGAGCGCCUGGAUUCAAAAGCACUGAAAACUCGGGCCCAGCUCUCUGUGAAGAACAGGCGCCAGAGGCCUACGAGGACACGGCUCUAUGACAGUGUCAGCUCUACGGAUGGGGAGGACAGCCUGGAACGGAAGGGUUGGAGAGUUUCUUCUCCAGAAUCAGAUUCUGGUGUCGCACUCCUCACCCCUGUGGCUAGCCAUGGGGCCUUCUCAUCGCACCACGUGACUGAGUCUCAAGAAGGAUUACGGCUUCCAGAAAGGGACACUUUGUCCUCCAUCUCGGGAGACACUUCACCCUCAUCGCCUUCAAAGUCUGAUCAUGAUACAGAAGACGCUUCCUGCCAUCGCCAAGCAACGAAGAAGACCUUACAUGAAAAAGACGGUGCCAACUGUCCUAAAUCACUAAGAACAUCCAGUUCAUUCAUGGCACAAGGAGGAAAAAUUAAGCAGAAGUUUGUGGAUCUGGGGGCACCUUUGCGAUGGAAUCCCAACAAGGGGAAGAAAUGGAAAGAAAAAGAAGCCAGUAGGUUUUCUGCAGGUAGCAGGGUCUUCAGAAGCAAGUUGGAGAACUGGAAAGCCAAGCCUCCCCCCGCGGCUCAGGCCUCUCCUCGCUCUCCUUGCAUGCCUUUCUCAUGGUUUACUGAAAGUCGGAAAGGAUCCUAUUCCUUCAGGAACCUGCCUUCAGUUCCGAGUCCCCUUCUGCCUUCUCCUGAGACCCUAAUUUCAGAUAAAACAGGGUCCAAGAAUUUCACCUUUAAUGAUGACUUCAGUCCAAGUAGUACCAGCUCGGCAGACCUGAGUGGCUUAGGAGCAGAACCCAAGACACCAGGGCUCUCCCAGUCCCUGGCGCUGUCCUCAGAUGAGAUCCUUGACGAUGGACAGUCUCCCAAACACAGUCUGAGUCUGAAUCGGGCCAUUCAUGAGUGGAGUGUGCAACAGGUUUCUCACUGGUUAAUGAGCCUAAAUCUGGACCAGUAUGUGUCUGAAUUCAGUGCCCAGAACAUCACUGGGGAGCAGCUCCUGCAGCUGGAUGGCAAUAAACUGAAGGCUCUUGGGAUGACGUCAUCCCAGGAUCGGGCACUGGUUAAAAAACAACUGAAGGAAAUGAAGAUGUCUCUAGAGAAGGCUCGGAAGGCUCGCGAGAAAAUGGAAAAACAGAGAGAAAAACUGAGGAGACGGGAACAAGAACAAAUGCAGAGGAAGUCCAAAACAGAAAAGAUGACAUCCACGACGGAGAGCAACACUGAGCAGUAACCCCGUGGAAGUUUGAAGGAAGUCCCGCCCCUUCCUGUCCCCCUUCUCCUGCAGAGGAUGAAGAAGAAACUGAUGGGGAUAAUGCCAUUGUAGGCAGUUUAAAGAACUGUGUGUUGGAUUCACUCCUAACUCUAACAUAAUAAUCCCAAGCCACCUUUGGUUUAUUAAUUUAUUAAUUAAUUACAAACCAGAAAUAUCAUUUUUCUCUUCUACUUACCAACAUCCUGCGCUGUGCUGAGUGUAUCGUGCCACGUAGAGAACCAAGCCGGACGCAGCCAAUGAGAGCAGGAUUCACUCUGGCGUUGUGAGUGGACUACCCAGAAUUUGCAGUGAGAGCCCCUAAAGCUGAGAUAGUAGCUGUGGUGGUUUGAGUGCAGAGGACGCUGCCUUGAGACAAGGGAGCUGCUGUGUCCUGGGUUGCAGAUCCUGAUACUGUGUGUAAGCGAGGCUCCCUUCGAUUUCAGUGUUAGAAGUCAGUCCCGUUGUGGGAAUGUGGGUGCCCAGCUCAUAAUUACCAGAUGAGGGAAAGAGCAAGAGUUGUUCCAUUUGCUGGAAUCAGAGAAAGAGAGAAAAUAGUAGUUAUCUGUUAACUCUAGAAGAAAUGAAAAAGGCUUAGGAACCCAGAUGUGGGUGCCCUAAGGGGCUUGCGGGGGGUGGCGGCAGCAUUUUCCUUCAUGUAUCGCCCAACAAAAAAGAGAAUAUAAGAUCCUGGUGCAGCCCUAGGUGUUGAGACCCGCUGGUGUGUUGGCCAGCCCAUCGAGCCCAGGGUGCAGUGGCCCUGACAAACAGUACAGCCCCUCCCUCCCGACAAAUUGGGCAGGAAAUUGAUUUUAAGGAAAGAAUGUUUUCAGGUUUCCUCUCCUGAGACACAUUCUGGCUGUCUUCAGCCUGCUUCUGACACAGUCAGGGGCUUGUCACGUAUUUUCUCCCCAGAAUUUCCCAGGUGGGCCCAGCUAGUGUUUUAACAAAUGCACUUUUAAGAACUUAAAACUAGAAAUACUGGUUGGAGACUGAGACUUAGGUAACAGUCAACCAGGAGUUUCUUCUUCUUCUUCUUCUUCUUCUUCUUCUUCUUCUGCUUCUGCUUCUGCUUCUGCUUCUGCUUCUGCUUCUGCUUCUGCUUCUGCUGCUUCUUCCUUCUCCUUCU